AUGGCUGCCAGAGAACCCUUCAACGUGACAGAAAGAGCCACCCAAACACGAGCAGUUACGCCACACUCACCAUGGCAUUCACCCGUACCAUAUUUGUUUGGUGGGUUAGCAGCCAUGCUUGGUUUGAUUGCUUUUGCGCUCUUAAUUCUUGCAUGCUCUUACUGGAAACUAUCUGGGUACCUUGACAAUGGCAAUGAAGGAGGUGAAAGAGACCUUGAAGCUGGAGAAGGAGAGAAUAAGAGUGGUGAUGGUUGUGAGAAAAAGCCUGUGGCUUUUGAAGAGAAGAUUUUGGUUAUCAUGGCUGGUGAAGUUAAACCAACUUUCUUGGCCACACCAAUGUCUAGUAGGUCAACUUCAUUUGGUGAUACGAGUAGUGAAAAGAGCUGUUCUUGCAGUAGUGAAAAAAGUGAGAAUGUUAAUGAUGUCGAGAUGGUGAAACAGGGGAAUACUGGUGAUGAUCAUCAAACUCGGAGUGAAAACACAGACAACCAUGAAUCUUCAAGUCAAAACAAUUGA